GUGAGCAGCGCCCACGAUGGUUGCGCGAUCGAUCCACGGCAGUGAAAUGUUGCGCUGUGACCGCUUAUAAUAACACUGACAUGCGCCUCAGCUCCAUUUGCCUUCAAAUCUCUGCUUUUUGGAGCCAUAGUCAGGCUUUUCCAGAAACCGGAGCUGUUGGAAGUCAGACAACAGCUUUCAGUUAUGUUCUUUUUCCUCUGGGGUGACUGUGCCUGAUGAAAGCUGCAAUGGCUUUUUGUAAUGAAAGCCUACUGGACGACUGUGACCUCUUGGAGCCAGAGGUGGAUGAAUCAGCAGAAACACUCCAGCCAGAGGCUUCACCUCCUCUCAUAUCGGUCUCUUUCCGUGUGACACUGGCAGCCAUAAUGAUCUUUAUGAUAACCAUCGGUUUCCUUGGAAACGCAAUUGUGUGUCUGAUUGUUUACCAGAAGCCAGCCAUGCGCUCAGCUAUCAAUCUCCUUUUGGCCACAUUGGCCUUCUCUGACAUAAUGCUCUCGCUGCUCUGUAUGCCCUUCACUGCUGUCACUGUGGCCACCGCCGACUGGAGCUUCGGGAGUGGCUUGUGCCGGGCUUCCAUCAUGCUGUACUGGCUGUUUGUUCUGGAGGGGGUGUCCAUCCUCCUCAUCAUCAGUGUUGAUCGCUUUCUCAUCAUUGUUCAGCGGCAGGAUAAGCUGACCCCACACAGGGCCAAAGUACUGAUAGCAGGUUCCUGGGUUUUAAGCCUUUGUGUGUCCCUGCCGUCUGUGGUUGGAUGGAGAACAGGUGCAGCAGGUAUAGGGGGCACCUGGGCACCGCAGUGUGUGCUGGGAUACAGUGAGUCGAUGGCAGACCGGGGGUAUACAGUGCUCUUGGCCGUAGCUGUGUUCUUUCUACCAUUUGCUGUCAUGCUAUACUCAUACUUGUGCAUCCUCAACACAGUGCGUCGCAACACCCUACGCAUCCACAACCACACCAGCGACAGUUCCUGUCUGCCGGCCCUGAACCAAGUCAGCAAGAUGAGGCUCACUGGGCUGCAGCGGCCGAAUCACAUCAAGGUGGACAUGAGCUUCAAGACCAGAGCCUUCACCACCAUCCUCAUCCUCUUCGUGGGCUUCUCAGUGUGUUGGCUGCCACACACGGUGGUCAGCCUGUUGGCCGUUUUCAGUCGGCAGUUCUACUACAGCCCCGUCUUCUACCCAGUGAGCAUCGGGGCACUUUGGCUCAGCUACUUAAAGACAGUGUUCAACCCCGUCAUAUACUGCUGGAGGAUCCGGAAGUUCAGGGAGGCCUGUCAGGAAUUCAUUCCCAAAACCUGCAGGCUGUGUCCUCGAGUGCCGGGCAGGAGCCACAGGAGAGUAAGGCCAAGCAACAUUUAUGUGUGCAGCGAGACUCAGUCAGCUGUGUGAAACCGUUGCUGUUGCUAAAUAUCCUAACAUCUCAACUGCUCUCCAAAACAGGACAUUUUUCUAAAGCAAUAUACUGUUAAACAUAGCCUCACUAAUGAACGCUAUGUCAAAAAUCACACAUACCAUUUGAACUUUUUCAUUUAUUCAGUUUACAACCAUAAACUUUACAUAAUAGCCUAACCCUAAGUAGCAUACAGUAGAAUCUGAAAUGUUCUGUCCUUACUUUUAUGCAAAGUAGCAAUAGCAUGGAAGAGCAUCUAUAAACAAGUUUUGCAACACUUAUGUGCCCCAUCCAUCGACUCAUCGACCAUGACUAAUUGAUUUGCCCCUUCAGAAGUAGAGCCUCCUUCAAUCAUCUAUUUACUCAUUGGUUUAUUUGGAUACUUGGAUUGAUUAUUCAACACACAGACAGCAAUCACUAAAUAUUCAGGUGGCUUUUUUACACCAAAAUGCAAGUAAAAAUCAUUGCCGCAGGCUCAUCCAGGAGGAGUAUGUCUUGCAAGUCAAAGACUGGAUGCAAUCAACUGUUUUUUCCUUGACAGAAACUUUAAAGCAAUCUGACUGCAUUGUCUCUGUGAAGUGCCUUGAGAAAACAUGUGUUGUGACUUGGCGACAUAUAAACAAACUAAUAAAUGAAAUUUAAUUGUACGGUAAUCUUUAAGGCAAAUGUUUGCAGUGGAUUUAAUUUGGGGAUAGACCAAAAUGCAUCUUAAAGUAAAUACAAACCUUAAUUGUAUUUCUCUGAUAUCCUUUAUAAUCAUGUACUUUCUCCCAUUUCUCAACUGUGUUCUUCUUUGUGUUGGCCCGUUACAUUAAAGUCUCAAUAGAUAUAUCAAAGUUUGUGGUUGUAAUUAUGUAUGACUAAUCGUAUAAUGCACUGUAUGAGCCAGUGUAUCCUUUGUGUGCACAAAUGUAAAGCAGAAGGAAAAGAAUACCUCCUGAAAAGAUGUGUAAAAUAUUGUCUGUU